GCUUUUCAAAAGGGUGGCACCUUCUUCUACUAGUCCAAUGGAUGUAGAAUUACGCUGGUAAUUUUUCUUUAUCCCUGUGAACAGGUAUGGAGGGGCUGGACUGAACUGGACUCACAGCAUUUAGUCUUACUGUUGGACCUUUCUGUCAUUAGGGGUCCUACUUGUUGACAUUUUGACUAGAGGAACUCUCAACUGAGUGGCCAUCAUGGCUGAGAGACUGACCUUUGGGGCUCAGAAAGUGGCCCAACCCCAGGGCUCCCUUCCACCUGAACCCAUCGACAUCAUCCGGAUCAAGGCUCGAUCCAGGCGAGUCCGGAUCAACGUGGGUGGGCUGAUCCAUGAGGUCCUCUGGCGGACCCUGGACCGUCUUCCCCGCACACGUCUCGGCAAGCUCCGUGACUGCAACACCCACGACACCUUGACGGAGAUUUGUGACGACUACAGCCUCAACGAGAAUGAGUACUUCUUCGACAGACACCCUGGUGCAUUCUCCUCCAUCCUGAACUUUUACCGGACAGGCAAACUACACAUGAUGGAGGAGAUGUGUGCACUCUCCUUUGGCCAGGAGCUUGACUACUGGGGCAUCAACGAGAUCUACCUGGAGUCAUGUUGCCAGGCACGCUACCACCAGAAGAAGGAGCAGAUGAAUGAGGAGUUGCGGAGAGAGGCUGAGACCCUGAAGGAGAAGGAGGGUGAGGAGGUGGACACAGGCUGCUGUCCGGACAAGAGGAAGAAACUGUGGGACCUGCUGGAGAAGCCCAGCUCCUCUGUGGCUGCCAAGAUUCUGGCCAUAAUAUCCAUCCUGUUCAUCAUUCUGUCCACCAUUGCCCUAUCGCUGAACACCUUACCUGACUUACAAGUCAUCGAUGAGUUUGGACAGUCAAAUGACAAUCCCAACCUUGCGCAUGUAGAAGCUGUUUGUAUAGCCUGGUUCACAAUGGAGUAUCUUCUGCGGUUUCUGUCUUCUCCCAAUAAGUGGAAGUUCUUCAAAGGUCCCUUAAAUGUCAUUGACCUAUUGGCCAUACUCCCCUUCUAUGUCACUAUAUUCCUAACAGAGUCCAAUAAGAGUGUGCUCCAGUUCCAAAAUGUACGAAGGGUUGUCCAGAUAUUCCGGAUCAUGAGAAUACUCAGGAUUCUAAAAUUGGCCAGACACUCCACAGGUCUUCAGUCCUUGGGCUUUACUCUCAGGAGGAGCUACAAUGAACUGGGCCUGCUCAUACUCUUCUUAGCCAUGGGAAUCAUGAUCUUCUCCAGUUUGGUGUUUUUCGCUGAGAAAGAUGAAAUUGAAACAAAAUUCACCAGCAUUCCAGCAUCAUUUUGGUGGGCCACAAUUACAAUGACGACAGUGGGUUAUGGUGACAUCUACCCCCAAACCCUUCUUGGUAAAAUAGUCGGCGGACUUUGCUGUAUUGCCGGUGUUCUGGUGAUUGCCUUGCCCAUCCCUAUCAUUGUCAAUAACUUCUCUGAGUUCUAUAAAGAGCAAAAGAGGCAGGAGAAAGCCAUCAAACGCAGAGAAGCACUUGAGAGGGCCAGGAGGAAUGGUAGUAUAGUAUCAAUGAACCUGAAGGAUUCUUUUUCUCGCAACAUGGAGCACAUGGACAUUGUGAUAGAUAAGAGCCAAGAGAAAAGCUCUGAUAACAACCUUUUCCCAAGUAGAUGGGCCUAUCAAAAGAGUACAGACUCUGCUACCAAAUCCUGUGAUUCAAAAUAUCAGGAAGUGGUCCAGCUGGGAUCUCCAGAGCGAGUAAUCAAGCCAGCCUCGAGUCCUCAGCGGCUGAAUGUAAAAUCCCUGGAACAGACGUACAACCAGAUGACAACUCCUGCCUCUGGAAUAUCUGGUGCCUUGGCACCAAAAGAGGUCAGAAGGAUGGCCCGGGAGGAAAGGCUAGAGAUGAAGGUGGUUCAGUCUGAGCCAGUGCAGAGGGACCGUCUUAUCACUGAUAUGAAGAGUCUGUCGAGUGUCGACAGCUUCAUGAGCUGCUCCACAGACAUCAUUGAAGUGGAGAAAACUGCUCUGCUUCCUAAUGUGACGGGGACCCACUCAAGACACCCUCGUGCCCCACCUCCUCUAGACCUCAGCCAGAUCACCUCCCUGGACAUACGGGGAUGUGACAAGGCAAAGCAGCCUGCCAACAUCAUGGAAGGUCUCUAUGAAUUCAUUCAGUGCAAGCCAGAGAGCAGCACCCUGUCCCAUGGGGAGGAGAACAAAAGCUUCGACAUGAGUGGCGAAAACAUGAGCUCUCCAAGGGGAAACAUUCCAGCUGAGACGGGGCUCAAGGACGCUUUUACAGAAUCUGGAGAAGAAGACUGUCCCAGGCUGCAACUAAUCAUGACCGACGACACAGUGACACUGACCCCACGUCUCCUGCACCCCCUCAAGUCCCCAGGGAGAGGUUUCAAAGGGGAGGCAGCUUUAGGCUCUCCAAGUCCUGGUCCUUCCUCCUGUAACAGCCAGAAGAGAAAGAAUCAUGUUGAUAAGCCAACGCUCUCUCCUGCUUCACCCAAACCUGUGCUAAAUAGGUCCCCUGGCACAACUGGUUCCAGUGACAUGGAGGAAGAAGCUACUGAAGGCAGUCAAAGUGGACAGAUGGUUGUCAAUCAUCUCCUCUCACCGGAUUUUCUCAAAUCCUCAGGGGAUGGGAACCUUUCACCGCCAUGUGACACCACCAUGUAAUGCUUACAAAGGCAGGCACAUGCAUAGAUACACCCAGACUGACCUAGAGAUACAGGGACUGGAAAAGGCACGUUAAUGCUCUGGUAUAAUGUACAGGGUGUUCUUUAGC